GCGUAGAAAGCACAGCGGAUGUUGACGGGACGAAUGGAGCAAGCUAUGCCUCUGUCCUUAAAUCUGAUCUGAACGACGAGGGUGAAAGAAUAGAGGAUUCGCCUCCUAGGCGUGGCCUGAAUGCACAAGACGAUGACGACUCGUAUCCCGAGUUGGAUGAUAUGACGCUGGACGAAAUCCACAUCCCUCCUAGGCCAAACGCGAACGGCGGCAUUCGAUGGGCUCCGUGGAAUGUACCCCUAAAACGCAGGCUGCAGACGCUUGUCGUGCUUAUGCACUGCAUGUGCAUAGCGUUGACGGUCUCUAUCUUUUUCGCUCUUUCUGCUAACCCCUUCGUGUGGCCGUUAUUACUCAUAUAUCUUCUACAUUGCUUAAGCUCAAAAGCUGCUACAGAUGGAAAGCUCAAGUAUCGAUCCGAAUGGUUCCGCAAGAGCUAUCUAUGGCAUCUCUUUGCGGGCUACUUCCCAGCUAAACUCUACAAGACCCAUGAUCUGCCACCUACACGGAAGUAUAUCUUCGGCUAUCACCCUCAUGGUAUUAUUUCCCACGGCGCUUGGGUAGCAUUUGGUACCGAUGCUUUAGGAUUCUCGGAUAAAUUUCCUGGCAUUACAAACAGUUUACUCACCUUGGACUCGAACUUCCGUAUUCCACUCUAUCGCGAAUACAUCCUUGCUGCUGGUGUACGAUCGGUCUCGAAAGAGUCCAUUGUUAACAUUCUAAGUAAAGGUGGUCCAAACGGAGAGGGCAUGGGCCGUGGUGUGACUAUUGUUAUCGGAGGUGCUCGAGAAUCCCUCGAAGCGCAGCCGGGGCAGUUGCGACUGAUUCUAAAGGAACGUAAGGGUUUUGUCAAGAUCGCAGUCAGGACGGGCGCUGACCUAGUACCUGUGCUGGCAUUUGGCGAAAACAACCUCUACGACCAGCUACAUCCUAAGGAGCAUCCCAUGGUACACAAGAUUCAAAUGUUCAUCCUUAAGGUGUGGAAAUUUACCCUUCCUUUCUUACAUGGACGAGGGAUCUUCAACUACGAUGUAGGCCUUAUGCCUUAUCGUCGUCCGUUAAAUAUUGUGGUCGGAGCCCCAAUCAAGGUCACGCAAUCGAAUUCUGUUGACCAGGAGGAGAUCAACCGACUACAUGAUUUGUACGUGACCGAGCUAGAGAAGCUAUGGGAUCGAUACAAGGAUGAGUUCUCCCCUGACAGGAAGGAAGAGAUGCAAAUAUUGCCCUAGAACAUGGCUUUGUGUAGGGUUAUUCGAUAGGCGUUUCCUAUGUGCUCUUGAAUAUAAUUAGACUUAGACUUACAGGCUCGCGCAAGGUGCGUGAGGGAUAAUCUAAUUGUUACCACUGUUCAACUUACGUCGCAGAAUAGACGGGUAUGCGAUAUGGCUUCGGAAAUAACUCACAUUGCGGC